UAUUUGUGUUUAAAUGACUUUUUAUAGAACUGCUGUCAAAACUGGUAGAUAGAAAGCUUAAUUAGGACUGAUCUUAAAAAUGAGACAAUGUGUAGGUGUAUGAGGGACUGUGUGCAACAAACGGCUGCUUUAAACUAGAGCUGAGAGUAAACAGGUUCAAUCUGAUGUUUAUCAGAGCAUCUUAUCUCCUGAGCUGCUAAAAUUUUUACUGUACUGUCAAUUAUGUUCUACACAACAGAGAGAAUUAAAGAAAACUUUGCUUACAGCAUGAGUAAGAAGGAACAUACCUGUCCUGUUUCAGUCAUCUCUGCUUUGGAAGGAUGGUUCUCUGAGCCUAGGAUUUUGGUGUCAUUUUCGAGGUGCAGAAAGAAGUCUCAGCCUGCUCUGGUGAAUGUAUCAUGUGGAUGUCUCUGGCUCUGCUUGUGACGAGAAUUCUUCGCUAAAGAUGGAUGAUUUAGCUUUACUUGACCUGUUGGAGUGUCCUGUGUGCUUUGAAAAGCUAGACGCCACAGCUAAGGUGCUACCAUGCCAGCAUACUUUCUGCAAGCCAUGUCUGCAGAGGAUCCUGAAAUCCCAGAAGGAACUCAGGUGCCCGGAGUGCAGGACUCUAGUCCUCUGCAGUAUCGAACAGUUACCGUCCAACUUGCUCCUAAUUCGUUUACUGGAUGGUGUCAGAUGUGGACAGAACGUUACGAGGUUUGGUUCGAUCCAAAGAUCUGGGGUCCUGUCCUCCCCUGCCUCCAUCAGGAGAGUCCCGAGAGGUUUACAACUUAAUCAAUAUAGGCUGGCACCAAAUCCCAGGAUCCACAUGGAAGGGGUUCCACGAGCCCAGGCCCUGUACACCUAUCGUGGGCACAGUCCCGGGGAACUGAGAUUCAAUAAAGGAGACAUCAUCAUGUUGCUCCGACAGCUAGAUGAAAACUGGUAUUUGGGUGAGAUCAAUGGUAUCAGCGGUGUUUUCCCAGCCAGCUCCGUACAAGUCAUCAAACAUCUGCCGCUGCCACCACCCCUCUGUAGAGCACUUUACAACUUUGACCUAAGAAGCAGGGACAAAAAUGAAAACAAAGACUGCCUGACAUUUCAUAAGGGUGAUAUCAUCACAGUCAUCAGCAGAGUUGAUGAAAACUGGGCAGAGGGCAAGUUAGGCGACAAAGUAGGGAUCUUCCCCAUCUUGUUUGUGGAGCCAAACACUACUGCAAGACAACUCCUACAGACAAGCAAAAGCCACCGGUCCCCUCAGUUUAAAUAUGCAUCACCUUUAAGAACAGCAUCUCCCAAAUCAAAAGACACAGAUUCACCAACUUUCCACAAGGUAUCAGACUCGAGAAGGAAGAGCCUGAGACAAUUUUCAAUCACGACUGCCUUAAACACUCUCAACAGGAUGGUCCAUUCACCCUCUGACCGGCAGACCUUGGAGAUCAGCUCUCCUGUGCUCAUCAGCUCGAGUAAUCCUACCGUGGCAACCCAGAGCAGUGAGAAAGUGGAAUUUCCUUAUGGCACACCUCUCCAGGUCAGUGCAUCUUACUAUCCUGCACCAGGAUCACUGGGGCAUUCAGCAGCCAUUGUCACUCUUCCCCAUCUGCAGCAUCACGUAUCAGCUAAUAUGUGUGUGGCUCUCCAUUCCUAUAUGGCUCAUGGACCAGAUGAACUGGAGCUGCAGAAAGGAGAAGGGGUCCGUGUCUUUGGGAAAUACCACGAUGGCUGGCUGCGGGGAAUGUCACUCGUCACAGGAAGAGUGGGGAUCUUCCCUAGCAAUUACGUUGCUCCCCUUUUCAGGAAAUCUAAUCUCCCUGACUCGAAGAUGCCUUCCCUGUAUGCCUCAUGGACAUUAUCGACUUCCUCGCUCUCUUCUCAGGGAAGCAUCUCAGAAAAUGGCCAAAGACAAAGCAGGCCUUUGAAAUCAGCCUUGCUGCCCAUGCCCAUGACCUCGCCAGGGAGGAACACAGCUAUGCUGACUACCUCAGGACAAACAUCAUUGCGGCGCGGACGUGGCAGCACCAGAAAGAAUGGAUCUCUGCAGAGGCCUGGACAGCCAGGAACCCCUAUUCAUGUUGCCGGUUCUCUCAGGCGUCUUCCUGCCACUGCAUUGCGACCUCAGCAAUUUCAGCUUUAUCAGCACAUCAGCCCUCAGCCGCAUAACAUCCCUUCAGGUGCUGCCAUGACUGAUGUAGGAACAAGGCCAAACUUGUCCCAUGAUGCUUCACCAGCACCUGUGGUCAGAGGAGGGGAAAGCAAAACUCCUUCUGUAUGUAGUUCAGUGAUCCUGGAUGCCAAAGAUCCUCCAGCAAAAAGUGAGACUGCUCCAAAGCCACCUGCAUCAGCGCCACCAUCCAUCCUAGUGAAACCAGACACUUCCCGGAACAGCACUGAAAAGCAAGUGAAAACAGUGAGGUUCCAGAACUACAGCCCUCCACCAUCCAAGAGGCACAGCCUGCAGCCAUCCCCGAGCCUGCCACGUGGCAAAAUGGAGCAGGGAGCUGCAGCGGAUGCUCUCUUGUCAGAAGCAAACCUGAUGGGCACUGAACUGACGGUACUGUACUCACCCAGGAUCAGCUCCAGUCCUGUGCACCAGCGAAGGGUAUCGCACCCAAAGGCAUCAUCGCUGGACCUUUCUGGCCAGGCAGGACAGCUGACCUUCCCUAUCAAAAAGAACUACAGCAGCAUUUCUGCAAACUGACAGGCUAAUUCCCUCUACCUGCUUUUCCUUCACAAAUGUGCUUCUCUCCUCUGUUCUGUGAGGGGUGAGCAUCCUUUGGACUCCACACCAGCCUGCCACCUCCACCCCUUUCCCUCUCCCAAGGCUAGAGUCAGAUACUCCCCGUUUCCCUGUGCCUCUAUGUGCCACACUGCCAGGCACCCUCGGGAUCCACAAGUUUGAAGUUUUCGGAGAACUUGGGGAGCUCCUGAGGAAGCAGGAUGGGACAACAUCUAUCAUUGUAUAGGAGAGUCCUAUUUCUGAGGUAUACUUCAAACUACACCUUCACAACCAGUCAAUGCAUCAAAUACCCAUGCCAUGCUGAGCGAUUCUAGAGGAACCCCCAUUGCUACACAGGUUACUGCAAACACCACAGAGAAACAUGAAGUUGUGUUUGUGGCAUCCACAAAAUGGAUGUUAUUUGGUGUCAUAUAAGGCUGCUUGUAAGAUAAUUGGAGAAGGAGUGGGAGAGGGAAGAAAGGGUGCAGGUAUCAGAAGUAGUUAAACUUGCUUUGAUCUCCUGGCUACUACGGGAAAGCUCACUGAGAUCAAAACACUGCUACAUUACCUUCCUACUUCUGCAGGGUAAAGAAAUUAUAAAUCAUAGAUCAGUCAGUUCCUGGCUGAAUGCUCAAGCUCCCUUUUGAGGGGUUUUCACUUCAGAUUUUUUUUGUUAGGGUUUUUUUGGUUGCUUGCUUGCUUGCUUUUCUGUUUGGUUUUAGUCCAUGAGUUUUAACUUAGAAUAUAGUUUAAAAGGUGAUUUGGAGAGGAAAGGGACAAUAGAAAGGGAUUAAAACAUUAUGACAGUCAUUCAGAUUUUACAGACAGAUGUAUUGGAUCUUGCGUCUCAUGGUUGGCCGGUUUCCUCUAAUUACCUGACAGCUACUUCCUAGCAGUCCAUCAGUUCAGUCCAGUGCUUCUUUUUUCACCACCCAGCCAUUUAGAUAUUGCUUUUAUAAAUAUCCUAAAUGGAAUUUAUGGGUCUAUGUCUACAUUAAGAUGCAUGAAACAUUGUCUAAACAAUAGCAGAAAUCAGCGUUUGCCAUACCAUAGACCAUCCUUCUGACACAGCAGCCCCAACUCUAGUUUUUAGCUGACCUCUAUUUCAGAUGUUCUCCUAUGAAACCACCAAAAAAUAAGAAGAAUUGGAGAGCUGUACCCAGCCCGCCAACUGUGACUGCUAUUCAGCAAACUGGUGCACAACAGGUUUUGUUUUUUGCACUUUCUUUUUAUUGGUGGUUUAGAGACCACCAAUUCCCAUCCUAGCCACAAAAAACAAACAUUAGAUCUCCUAACAAUGGUUGUUGUGCUUCUUCCAGAACUGCUAUAAAAUAACAUCCUUGGUUAAUUGCAUCCAAAACCCAUGAAAUUAAUUCCAUUGGUCAACAGAAACUCUCUGAGGCACUGGCACAGUCUCUGAGAAGGAAGUUUUCUUUUGGAAUUAAGAAAAUGGAACGGAUAAAAACAUUUAUUAGCCUACAGCACUAAUUCUUUUACCUUUUCAGACUAUUCUUCUUUUUGUGAAGCUGGCUUCUGCCUGACCCCACAAAAAAGGGGAUUUUUCAAUAGCACAGAAACAAGUGGUAAACAAGUAAGUUCUUCACGUUGAGCUGUCUUGCACUAUUUAAGCUACUGAAGAAAGAUUCUGUGAAAUUAAAAAUGUGCACUUUGCCCAGCUAUAAAAAAUGGUGCAAGUUGCAAAUAAAAAGAUAAACAUGGCUCUCGAUGCCACUCCAAUGACAAUCAAACAUUUCAGAGAAAAUAUGCCUGUUCUUUGCUAAAGAUUCCUCUCAUUUCCUUAAAACUAAACCAGAAAGCCUCAUAAACUGGCUCUAUAGCCAGGAUCAACUUCACUUCUCCCAAAUGCAUUCAGAUUUCCAGGAUCGGCUCAUUUUGUAAUUUACAGUGUUAGUUUAGAGGGAAAGGAAGGGGUGCCUGCUCAUGCCUGGCUCCAGAUAUCAUUUACUGCAUACUAAUGAAAGGAUAGAUUGCUUGGUGUGACCUAAUCUGUAAUCUGCUGAAGUAGUAACUAAUGGAUUUCAAUAGCUGACCUCCCAGGAGACUCACUGAAGACAGUGGCAUGGGACAUUGAAGCUACACAUGAGAAUUAAUUCCGCAGACAGAAGCGCUGGUAAAGAAGAGGGCACAAUAGAAAGCACGAAGCAGAGCUGAAUAUAGAAAAGGGAUAGCGUAUGUAGAGAAGCAAGGGGAACUUUUGUAUUUUACUGCCUCAACAAAAAAAAAAACCUCAUCUCAUAAUAAUAUGACAGUCAAAGUCUAAUGUGACUACCUUGAUUAUACUAUUUCUUGAGCCAAAGUUGAAGCAGCUGUGAACCAUAUCUGGCCACAAGCCUGACAGCAAACACCAUAAGCAUUGCACCGAGCUCUGACUAGCCACCUGCUUUUGCUGACUGAGGCUCUGGAGGGAAGGUGGCAAACACCUUUUUGGAUGCUGUCCUCCCUUUGGGCCAUAGCUAUCCAAAACACCGAGUGAUUCCCUGCAGGAAUCACUUCAGGGCAUCUGUGCAGAGCCUCCCCUUAAGCCCUACUCAGAGGCCACGUCCUCCAGAGCUGAAGACCGCCUCAGCUCCUCGAGUGCGAACCAGAGCUGGGGGUAGGGUGGAAUAUGGCUUUAUUGAGAGUGGUGAAGAGGGUGGGGAACCAGUGUUUUUUGCUCCCAGGGGCACAGCCUGUUUCUGAACCUGGACGGACAGAUCGACUUCCUGCAUACAGACUCUGGCUGAUACUAUUUCCUGAACUUUUACACUUUAAAAAGAGCAGGCAGGUCUGAGCCGAUCUGUUCCAACAAGAGCUCAGUAUCCCUCAAGAGCCAGGAAUGAGAUGACAAACAGGGAAGAAUGCAGCAGCUUUGAUAAAAGAUCUUCACUUGUUAUUAGCAAUUAACCCUGCCCUGGGUAGACCCUGGUGCCUGUUUCAUCAGGACCUCAAAGAGAGUACCCCUUGAGACCAGAGGAGAACACAUCAAUAACUGCUGAAGCUCAGGAGGGAGUUCAGGGCAAUCUGCAUGCAAAGAGGUAUUUAAAGAUGAGGAACAAAAAGGAGACAACAUACUGUAAUUCACUGGGGGCUUCAGACAGAAAAACAUAUUGAAGUAAAGUCACCUUGUAAAUUUAAUCCACAAGUGGGGCAAAUUUUCCCACACAAGGCAGGCAUGUUAGACAAGGCAAUGAUGAAGAAUUUGAAGUUCAGCCUGGGGAUGCAAAAUGAAGCACUUGGAAACCAAUCUAUAGAACUGACUGCAGCUCUAUUUCUCAUGCCUCAGUCCUGCCACCCAAGCCCACAUAUGAGGAAACAGGUACAGCAACAUGUUCUGUAGCCUCGUUUGUCAGAUGCACUAAGCCUCAAUGGAUACCAAGAGCAUCAGCAAAAUCUAAAGCAUGCCUUAAGAUUCAAUAAGCUGUAAAGUCUUUCCGCACGUCUGGGCUCACAAUCGCCAGAUCCAGCUCAUAAUGUUGUCAGUUCUGAAUACUGCUCUUCAUGGAAUGAAACAACCUCCUUUUCCUCUUACACGAGGAUAAACAGCAAUAAGGUUUUGUAGCCCCCAUGCACACAGAGGAACUUGUAAAACUGUUCAGACUAUUACAUAGUACUGAAGACUUAACACAAAGACGCCAGGAAGCGCCACAGGUCUCAUCUGGACUUGGCCCUUAACCCACUGUAUUAUGAUGAGUGACAGCAUCAGGUUGAUCAGGAAAGAAAAAAGCUCUUACAUAUGUGCACACACACACAUUCAGUCAUGAGCAAUGACAGGAAAAUACUGACAGUGAAAUUGGUACUUUGGUAAAAUAGCGAGAAGCUAUUUUGGGACAGAUCUCUCAGUUUCUUUCAUAGAAUAUUUCAGUGCUUUGAUGCUAUGGUGAUAAAUGCCCUAAAUAUAUCCAAAAUACAUAGGGAGACAGAGCUCAAAACAGGACAUAUUUUAAAGCAACAGAUCUAAUGAGCAUCUUGUUCCCAUUGUCCAGCCCCUCCUAGCUGUAAAUACACCUACUUGUUUAAUAUUGCAGUCCACUGUGCAAAAUGGUUGAAGUAUUACUAAGCUUCUCUCCUUGCUCCUAGGAUAUAGCAUCUUUACUGUUGUUACUUCACCAAGAGACAUGUCAAGGAAAAGGGACUAGAAUUCACAUCUUUUAUCCAAAAAUCCAAGCUAAAGAUGACUCUCUCGUAGGAGCUAACCUGGGGUUUGGUUAUGAGCUCUGAGCGAGGAAUGCCAGACAAGUGGUUCUCAUCCAUGAAGUGAAGCCAAUCAUGUCAGGGAAAACAUCAACUGGAUCUACAGUGGAACAAUUUUCUAAGUGCACCAGAACAAAAGUGACCCUAUUCCAGAACAAUUACUCUAAUCACCUUUAUUGGAACAUCCAUGCACAGAGUUCUUCUACCAUAAACAAACAUAGCAUUUUCUUGGUUCAGCUCUUCUGCUCUGCACUUUGCAUGAGCAACAGCUGACCUGAAUCCCUUUUCACCUCUGGCUGUUCUCAUCCAAUUCUCUCUUCCCCUUUCUAUCCCCCUCCUCCCCCCCCCCUUUUUUUUUUUAUGGGUAGCGAUGAAAAGGGAGACAUCACAUGCUGAAAGGAGGCUGGUAGCUUUACAUGAAGGUGGGCGAGCUCUUCAAGGGUUUCUGUUCUCUUUCUAUAAAUUUUUAACUACUCUCCUCUCUUCUCAUCCCCCAGACUCUCUUCAGCCCAAUUUCCCCAGAGAAGAGAGGUUAGACAUCAGUAUUGUGACCCUAUUCUGUCAUUCCUGAGUUAGCUAGAAAAGCUCACCAGGGGCAAGACAAUCCACGCCCUCCCCAGGAAUGUGUCAUCUCUGUAGUUCUGUUCAGGUCUUGAUGGUCUAGAGUGAGCACUCUGGCCCUGCUUGCUAAAUUGCUAAGUCCACAGUCUUCUGUUUUAGCCACAAAUUAUCACAUGAAGUACAGAGUGCAAAGAAGAUAACAUUAGGAGAGGCAAAAUACAACUGCAGAUGUACUGCGGUGUAAUGUAUUUGUAUAAUGAAAAUAUAUUGUUCUCUGCCUACCAAGCUGAAUGUAAAAGAGAAGGCUGAUCACAGAGGCUCUGACCAUCCAUAGAGUGUCUUGUCUGCCUGCACAGCACAGGAAAGGAGCCCAGGAAAAGCAAAUAAAAGUAGUGCACUGGGACAGAGAGACCAUUAAUGAACCUCUCUCAGUUCUUGAAUAGGUCUUCUUUUCCAUCUGCUCGUUUUUUAUGAUUAGUUAAUGAAUUGGAGCCCAAAGCAGAUCAUUCAUCAGCUCUUCCUUAAUUGCCUGCCUAGCCUUGCAGGAACCUGGAAAUUCUUCAGUAAGUAACCUACCCCCAUGAGCUUGAACUGCAGCCAUGUUUCCUGAUGAACUGCGAAUAAACAAGGCAGAAAUAAGAAAACAUAUUUAAUGAAUUAUUUCCACAUAUUUCAUGCAAAGGAUGCAUCUGUACCCUAGCCAAAAGCAACUGGUCUCAGAUACAGAGGGAGAAUCAGAGCAGCCUCACAAUCCAUUCAAGAAGUGGACAGCUGGGGCCCAAAAUGACCUCUUCCACCCUUUUCCGUGGGAGAGGCAAUAUUCAAUACAUUCAAAUAUUCAGUAUAUACAACUAAUCAUAAUGUUCUGUCUCAGAAGAGAAUUCUGCAAGGCUACUUCAGACGGAACCUGUCUGUUCUCCUGGGAGCUCAAGAACCAGGACCUGGCGGCUUAGGGUCAAUUAAAGUGUCCAUCAGGAUCACUAUCUGCUCUGUGAUGAAGAAGGUCCAAUUCUCCCUUGGUCAGAUGGCAUGAGUCAUAUAAGAGGAUGCAGGCAAAAUAUUUAGGGUCACGUCUUGUUGGGUACUGAGAAAUGCUAGCGAGGUGCUACCAGAAACUUACUUCAUUGACUUUAGCAGGAGGACACUGAGGCUUCGCACGCUAGGAUUACAUUGACAUC